CUGUGAAGGAGCAGAGAACUAUGCAAAUAUACUGAAUUUGCACAAGGCCUGCUCUCUGUUUCAGGACUGAGACCUGCCUUGGGUGCUACAGGCUCAGAAAGCCUGGGGACAGUAUGACCACAAGAGCUUACAGUGAGCUCCAGCUGGGUGCACAUGCCAAGGGGUCAUGGGACAAUUCAGCAGCAGGCAAAACAAUGGGACUUGGGCUGCAACUGGCCCAGCGAGCAGGGGCAGUGCAGUGAACAGGAAACAGGCUGCUGGUCAGCAAAAUAAAAGGCACAUUUGUCUGCAUGAUGCUGGUCUAUCCACAGGGGAGUAGGAGAGCAGUGAGGCUGGAGUCCAAAAGGACUUGGAUUGGCUGGGGAGCAUCCUGGAUGGUACAACCCUGUGCCUGCGGUGCUAUAAAUGCAGGAAUGAGGUGGAGGGAAGGAAACCUUGGGGCUUUGUGUCUGCUUCCUGGGAGAAACAGCAACAGCAGGUAUCCUGGAGUCUUUGGAAGGAGAGGAGCAGCAUCCUAAUUUCUCUCCUGACCAACCCUCCAGAGGAAUCCACCACUUUGGGGUUCUCCCGUGAAAAUGUGGACUCCCUUCCUCCUGAGCUGCCUGCUCUACACCCUGGGGAUAAUGGCACAACCGAGGUACCUGAUCAUCAUUCCAGCUGCCCUGCCCUACCCCUCAUCCCAGAGGGCCUGCUUGGACCUUCGUGGUGUUGAAAAGCCUAUUCGUGUGGCCUUAACUCUUGUGCACCCAUCUGGCAACCUCAGCCUGUACCGCAAGGUCGUCCGGAAUGACUGGAUCUUCGAGUGCACCAGAUUUCAGGUGCCCCGACCUGCAGGCAGCCAGGAGGUGGCCGCUGUGCACCUGCGCAUCUCCAAUGGCCACUACUUCAGUGCAAGUGAAGAGAAAAAGGUCCUGAUCCGCAAGGCUGCUACAGGCUCCUUCAUUCAGACAGAUAAGCCUGUCUAUAAUCCAGGACAGACAGUGAAAUUCAGGAUUGUGACACUGACCGAAGAUUUUGCUCCUGUUAACAGCAAGGACCCGAACCAAAACCGCAUUGGCCAGUGGCUGGAUGUGAGACCAAAACAGGGCAUUGCAGAUCUCUCUUUCCAGUUAGCUGCUGAACUCUCCCUGGGGACUUACACCAUCAGUGCCCAGUCCUUCAAGUCCAGCUCAGUCCAGUCCAGCACCUUUAAGGUGGAGGAACGUGUGUUGCAAAAGUUCGAUGUUUUCUUUGAGGGACCAAUUCAGAUUUAUGCUUCAGAUAAGACCUUCCCCCUGCAAGUGUGUGGCAGGUACAGUUAUGGGAAAGCAGUGCGAGGGACCAUGCAUGUGACGCUGUGCCAGAAAGCAAGGAGGUGGCCCCAGAAUGCCAGCAAGGACAUCUGUAGGGAAUACAGCGGUCCCACAGCAAGCAAUGGGUGUUUCACCCCUUCUGUCAGCACGUCAAUCUUCAACCUGACUCCCGGUGGGGAAGACAACAAACUUUAUGCAGAAGCCUCUCUCCUGGAGAUGGGCACAGGAGUGCAGAUCAACACCUCCAGCCAAAUUCUCAUCUCCAGGACAUCUGCAAGGGCAGUAUUUGAGACACCCAAUGAAUAUUACAUCCCUGGAGUACCAUACAGGGGGAAGAUUAAGGUUCAGGAUCACUAUGGAACUGGUAUCAAAAACAGGAAAGUUUAUCUUGUGAUAAGGUUCAUGAGGCGUCGGUUUAUCAAAACGUACAUCACAGAUGACAGUGGAAUAGCAUCGUUCAACCUCGACACGACUGCCUGGAACAGCUCAUCGGUCUCUUUGGAGGGGAGGUUCACUCUGGAGGAGCUCAUGCGUACUCCUCGGAGAACUGACUUCAGUUACACAAACGCUUACCAACACCUGCAGCCCUUCCAUGCCACAACCAAGAGCUUCCUGGACAUACACCCACCCAUGGAAACACUGCCUUGUGGGCUGAAGCAGAAUGUCCAGGUGACCUUCACACUCAGCAGGGAUGACCUGGGAGAAGACACCAGCCGUAUAAGUUUUGCAUAUUAUGUCACUGGCAAGUCUGGAAUUGUUGUCAGGGGCCAGAGGAAUAUCCAGAUUGGGAAACUGAACAUGUUGAAGGGCUCGUUCUCCAUCCCUUUGACUUUCACUGCCGACUUGUCCCCAUCGCCUUCCUUAGUGGUGUAUGCCAUCUUCCCCAACGGAGGGGUCACAGCUGACAGCAUCCGUUUGGAUGUUGCCUUGUGCUUCCAAAACCAGGUCAAGGUAGGAUUCCCAGAUAAAGAAGCCCAAGCAGGGUCAGCAGUGCAGCUCCAGCUGCAGGCAGCGCCCGGCUCCCUGUGCGCAGUCCAGGCAGUGGAUGAAAACAUGUUCUCCACCAGACCAGAUCGUGAGCUGACCAAGCAAAUGGUCUACGGUUUGUUCCCUGCUGCCUACCAACGUGGAUACCCUGCCCAAGUAGAAGAGCAUUCAGAUCACUGUUUGCAGCCCCAGUCCUUGUCGUCUCUGCUACGAGGAAGGCCACAGAAUUCCUUUCAGCCUGACAUCUUCAACCUCUUCCGGAACAUGGGACUGAAAGUUUUCUCAAACCUUGUAAUCAAGAAGCCCUCUCAAUGCUCUCGUCGGGCGGAUAGGAAGACAAUCACAGGGGUGCCUUCUACAGAAGACCAAAGAACCACUGAGGAACAGCCCAAAUUCACAACUCACAGAAGAUUUCACAACUAUUUCCCUGAAACUUGGAUCUGGAAUGUGUACUCUGUUGGUUCCAAUGGCAGCAGGAAUGUCUCAGUCACAGCCCCUGCUGCUGCUGCAGAGUGGAAAGUCAAGAUGUUCUGCUUGGCUGGGAGGGGGUUUGGCUUUGCCCCAACCACGAGUCUCAGAACAGUUCAGCCCUUCUUUGUGGAUGUGACGCUGCCGGAUUCCAUCAUCCGUGGAGAGACCUUCCUGAUGAAAGCCACUGUCUUCAGCUACCUGCAGCAGUGCAUACAGGUCCAGGUGACCCUGGAUAAAUCCUCAGACUUCCAGGUGGAACCAUGUCAGACUUGCAGGGACAAGGAGUGUCUGUGUGCAGAGGAGUCCAAGACCUUCAUGUGGAAUGUGACAGCAGUCCAACUGGGGACUCUGAAUGUCUCAGUGAGGACAGAGGUACUGGACACCACAUCACGGUGUGGGGGCUGGAAACCCUUGCCAGCUGCCGUGAGGGGGAGGCACACACUGACCAAACGCUUGCUGGUCCAGCCAGAGGGUGUGUUAGUGGAGAAGUCCUACAGCUCCCUUCUGUGCCCAAGAGGAGGAAACGUGGCUGAAGAACCCAUAUCCCUUCGCCUCCCUGAUGAUGUAGUAAAGGGAUCUGCCAGGGCUUUCAUUUCUAUCACAGGUGACCUCAUGGGGAUGGCACUGCAGAACCUGGACCACCUGGUGCAGAUGCCCCACGGCUGUGGGGAGCAGAACAUGGUGCUGUUUGCCCCCAUUGUCUAUGUGCUGCAGUACCUGGAGAAGACGAGGCAGCUGAGCCCUGAGAUCAAGGACAGGGCAACAGGAUUCCUGCGCAAUGGGUAUCAGACACAACUUCUUUACAGGCACAGAGAUGGCUCCUACAGUUUCUUUGGGCAGAAGGAAGGAGAAGGAAACACUUGGUUGACAGCUUUUGUCCUCAAGAAUUUUGCCCAAGCCAGAAAAUACAUUUAUGUAGAUGACAAGAACAUCCAGGAUGCCCUACGCUGGCUAGAGCUAAACCAGCUCCCCAGUGGCUGCUUUGCCACCAAAGGGAACUUUUUCCACUCCUCCCUAAAGGGCAGCAGGGAUGAUGAAAUCUCUCUGGGGGCCUAUGUCGCUGCAGCACUGCUGGAGAUGGGUCUGCCACUGCAGGGCAAGCUGAUGCAGACUACUCUCCGCUGCCUGCAGAAGGUGGUUCACAACAUCACCAACAUCUACACAGAAGCCUUGCUGGCCUAUGCCUUUGCCCUGGCUGGGGACUAUGAGACAACACAGGAGCUGCUGUACAAACUGGAGGAACAGGCCAUCAAAUCAGGAGGACAAAUCCACUGGAGCCCCAGGCCAAGCUCUCCAGCUUCCACAGACUUCUGGCCUGGUACUCAGUCCGUGGACAUAGAGCUGACAGCCUACGUGCUCCUGGCCUACCUCUCCAAGCCACGGGUGCACGCGGGUGACAUGACAACUGCGGCUGGCAUCGUGGCAUGGCUGACGCGGCAGCAAAAUGCCUACGGGGGUUUUGCCUCCACCCAGGACACAGUGGUUGCCGUGCAAGCCUUAGCGAAAUACGCAGCGAGGUCGUUCAGCACGUGGGGCCAGGCAGUGGUGAGGGUGCGGUCGCAGAGGGCCUUGGGGAAGGCGUUCCAGGUCAGCCGCCAGACGCGGCUGCUGGUGCAGCAGGCCGCGCUGCCGGAGGUCCCGGGGCAGUUCCUGGUGCAGGCCCACGGCAGCAGCUGUGUCUUCGCCCAGGCGGUGCUGAGGUACCACGAGCCUUCCCCACGGACUCCCGUGGUCUUCACGCUGCGUGUCAGCACGGAGCUGACCAACUGCAGCCAGGCAAAUCCGCGUGUCCUCGCCGUCCAUGUCCUCGCCAGCUACAUCGGGAGCAGAGUCACAUCCAACAUGGUGAUCAUAGAGGUGUCCCUGCUGUCUGGAUUCAUCAUGACUUCCAGAUCCAGAAUGUUGCUGGAGAACAGAACCAUCGUUAAGAAAAUAGAAGUGAAAGCUAAUGUGGUCUACGUUUAUCUGGAGAAGCUCAAUGAUGAAUCUCAGACUUUCAUUCUGCAACUGGAACAAGUAAUUCAGGUGAAGAACCUGAAACCAGCCAGCAUCAAAAUCUAUGAUUACUACCAGCCAGAGGAGCAAGCCUUGGCUGAAUACAGUGCUGUCUGUAGUUGAGGUAGGCAGCAAGUUCCUGCGUGACACCAACAGCAGCAUCAGGAGAUGGUGGGUCUUGGGUGGGAAACACGGAAUACAAAGACAGGAAGGGGAAUGGUAAGCAUUGGGGAACAUGUACCCAGCAAGAAACAGGAAGUAUCUGUUUCUACAGCUAUGGAUCAGUU